AUGUCUUCAACCGCAUCGGCGAUCAGCAACGAGCUGAAUUCGCUAUCGCAUGCCCUGGUAUUCACGAAGAUCACGACAUCGUCGCUGCUUACCGGAAAGACAGAGAAAAUCUCCCACCCAACGUCACUGCUCGACUUACCCAAGGAAGUGCGGAAUCGCAUCUGGCACUUCGCGUUACGGCCAGACUGCAUGUUCCUUUCUGGACCAAACGUAUGCCUCAAGUCUCACUGUCACCGUGAUAAAAACAUCGGUCGAUGGCGAAUCCUGGUGCUAUGCUCAACGAUCUACAACGAGACCGUGGUGCUCCUCCGGAACAACGGAGAGCUCAUCGUCCAAUUGACCUACCGAGGCCCUCCCGUCUUCGAGUGCGACUCCUAUCCGUCCACGUGGGGAGGUGGUGCACAUGCAAUCCGAUGCGUUCGCGAGAUUCAAGUCCGACAAGCACGCAACGUCGCUGUGAUCGUUCACCUUGGUCAGCUCGAGCAUCCAGACGGACACAACCGGCUAUCCUACAAGAAUUGUACGGCGAAAUUCAAGCUUGGCGAUGUGCUUCGAACGCUGAAACAGGCGAAGGAUAUUCGGAAGCUGCGUCUGUUCAUCGAACGUCGAUCUGAAUACCUUCAUAAGUUUGGAGACUGGGAGAAGCAUUUCAGACUCGAUCGAAAGCACGGCAUUCUUGAUUUGCUCCUGGCAAUCGUACGAGAGGUGGCAUGUAAGGGUGGAGAGGUCUUCGUCGGUCGUGCUUUUACCUACCUGGAUGAGCAGAGGUACGGUAACGGUUGGGAGCCUCUGGAGAGCCACGAUGAUGAUCCUGUAGUACCAUGGUUGGUGCAGGCCGCGCUCCGAGAAGGGGUCUUUAUAACGAGGCUGAUGGAUCCACUCCUCAAUCGCCCAAUGACCUGGGAAGAACUGCGUGUUCGUGUCGAAGAUCGAGUACCGGUUCCCGAUGUGCAAUAUCAGGAUCCAUUGCAACGCCCUUUCACAUAUGAAGAACUCCUGGACGAGAAUCCAGCAACACCAUCGGCGAUGACCUUCGGACUCCUGGAGAGCGACAUCAAGGAUGUGAGAGAGUUGACAGGUCGACGCCAAAUGGUUCCCCAAUGCAAUAUAGACUGUCAGCGCACUUUUGGAUCCAUGCAAGAUUUCGAGAACCAUUUGUCCAGCGCCCCGGAUCAUCGAAUGUCGUUCACGGAAGUAAUGGAGGCCGAAGCGACUCGAGCAGCCCGUCUAGCGGAAGCGAACGAAGAAUGGCAGGAUGCCAAGGGAUGCGGGCUAGAGGAGGACUGCAAAGAAGGUUGA